AGCACUGUAAAAAAAACUUGCUUCCUCCCCCACUGCUCCUUUCCCUAACGGAAAGGUUCGGUUUUCCACACCGGCACCCGUUCCGUUCCGCACGACGAUUUUCACGAUGGAAAUGUCAAUUUAGAAAGUACAACUGUCAUCAUCACAGUCAAUUGAUCAAGUCACUGAAUCUUGCAAAUUGUUGUUGCAAAUGCUAAUACACCAUCAUCACCACCUGUCCAAAUUGUGUCUCACCCACUGAUUUACUUUGCAGCCUUAAAAACUACACAACCGAAACAUGUAUUGGAAGUACAACAACACUGGCCAGAUCGAGACGAAGCUGUUCAAAGAGAAUAUUACACUCAAGAAACUUAUGGAUGAAGAUGGUAUCCUGAACGAAUGCAAGGUGCAAAAUAAGGCGCUAAUAAAUUUUUUAAUAAAACCGGAGAUUCUGGAGGAGCUGGUGACACUGACGACCACCGAACCCAGCGGCGAGACGGACGAGCUGAAUCGCUUCAAGUAUCCAAACAUCGCCUGCGAACUGUUGACCUGCGAUAUCCCGCCACUCAACGAGCGACUUGCCGGCGAUAAAGCUCUGCUGAACAAGUUGUACUCGUUCCUGGACAGCGAUGAGCCCCUAAAUCCACUGCUGUCUUCAUUUUUCAGCAAGAUCAUGGCUGUUCUGAUCGCGAAAAGACCUGAGCAGAAUUGGCUUUCAUACCAGCUGACUUGUCUGCAGGUCCUGGACUUCCUCAAAGCCAAGGAGAACUUUGUGUCUUUGCUGCUGAAGCACAUCGGCACCUCAGCGAUCAUGGACUUUACGCUCAAACUGAUGUCCCAGGUUGGCGGUGUGCAAUUGCGACAGAAUAUCUUGGGCUAUUUGGAUGAUCAGAAGAUGAUUCAGUCAUUGAUCGGUUUGCUUCGUCCUAAUGAGGACAGUGACAAACAUCAUAACGUCGCUCAAUUGCUGUGCGAUUUCCAUCAGUUGGCCCGUGAUAAUCAGCGCCAUUCGACGGAGACGAACGAUCCGGAUUUGCUGUUGAACACGCUCGAGAUGCCAGAAACAGUUGAUUUGCUAUUGGAUGUUAUUCUCGGUGAGGAAAAGAGCGAAUCCGGUAUUGUCUCUGGUAUACAAAUUAUAUUAGAGUUAUUAGACGCCAAUAAAUCUAGCAUUCCAAAGUAUGAAUUCGCAAAUGCCUAUGAUGAGAAUUACCAGGAUCUCAGUGAUGGGGAUUGUGAUAGACAAGUUGUCGAGAGCACGACGAGAGUGAUCUUGAAACGACUGAAGGAUUUCCAUAAAUUACUACUCGACCCUCCAAAGAGAGACCCUAUAGUGACUACAUUUGGUGAACUGAAGCCGCCCCUAGGCAACACCAGACUCCAGAUCAUUAAAUUGUUGGCUGUCGUCAUCGGCUGCGGCGGUCCAGAGAUCGCUCAGGAGCUCGUGUCGCUAGGAACAAUGAAUGUUCUCCUAGAUCUGUUCUUCGCCUUCCCCUGGAACAACUUCUUACACGCUCAAGUUCAAGCGUGCAUCGCAGCCGCCCUUAAUUCGCCUUUGCCCACUGAGCAGGGCGAUAACGUUGCCUUAUCUAAACACUUAUUGGUAGACUGUAAAUUAGUAGAUAGAAUUCUGGAUGCGUGGAACGAAAAUGAAAAUAGACAAACUCAAAACAAAGGAGUGAGGCAAGGUUACAUGGGCCACUUAAUUAAUAUUGCUAAUAAUGUAGUCAAUCUGUGCACGGAAGGUCCUUUGACUUCCGUGCUCAAGGAUAACUUACCCGAGCUUGUCGAAAAACUGCAGACGUUCAAGGAAGGUCCUCUGACAGAGACCAAUAAGAAACAGGAGUCGUGGCUGGCUGGACUAAAUCCGCACGUGUCCAAUGACGAAAGCAGCGAUUACAGCGAAAUUCCAUUCCCACAAUCGGAAAUCGGAGAACAAGUAAAUAAUUUCAACGAGUACCAGAUGCAGCAGCUCAACUCCAAUUUCUGCGAUACAUACGGGUACAGUGAUGAUGAAUUCAAGGACGGCGACGACACGUUAAACAUCAAAUUUAGAUCGGUCAUGAACUUUGACUUGUCAGAAGGAGAUUUGGUCCAUCAGCACGAACUCUUCAAGCAGGUCUGCGCGCAAAACAUCAACACGUUGGACGACGCCGAGGAUCAGAUCUUUGAAGACAAAGAGCACACCUUCCAGACCGUUAUCGAGAAGGACGUCGAUCGGAACAGCGACAGCGACGACGAGGGUAGUCCGCGAGGCGAUGAUCCUCUCAUGGAAGUCGAACCUUGGAAUUCGUCGAACAGACCUAGUGAAGCUGCGUCCUUUAACUCUGAGAAUCCAUGGUAUUCGACCAUCACGGACGUGAGUAACGCAACGGGCUGGGCGGACUUUAGCUCAGCUUUCGAUGCUGACUUUGAGAGCGUGCAAUUUAAUACGAACGGCAGUCCGAAGGUAGCGACGUCAACACCUCCGCGCGUCGAGGGCGAUCUGUCCGUGGAGAGCAUCGACGGUGAACAAUUAGUGGAGAAUAAUUCCGUAAAUUUUAUUGAAGUUUCUCAAGUCGAUGGAGAAUUGGGGGGCACGGUGGUAAUUGAACAAAACCCAUCCGAAGUGAUAAUGGAAGAAGUGACGGGGGGGUCGACAGUAGUAGUAGCAGCAGCAGCAGCAUCAUCACCACCAUCAGCAGUCGAUGAGAUGAUAACAACCACCGCAAAUGCGGCGACGGAGAAUAACGUGGGAGCAGCCAGCAGCAAUGAGGCCGUGUGAGAUAGAAUACUCUGCUGACAUAUCACAAUAAUAGAAUUGUCUGUGCGAAUGCCAUAAUGGACAGAUUGUUUGUAUAGUAUUUUGUAAUUACCAAGUUUUAAUCAUCACUAAUUAUCCCCCGAAUGUUUACGAAAACAAUUCUCCGUUUGUUUCUCUUUAUUUUAAUUGCUACUUAUUAUUAUUAUUAUUACUUUUGUUUGUUUGAUAUUUGUUUAAUUUUUAAAACGUAUAACUGAAUUCAUCUAGCAAUAUAUAACACUGAGCGCGUACCACUUUUGUCUGAGAGCGAUCUUUUGAUGGAACACACACACACACAAGUCAAGUGGGGGCCUACUAUUAUUAUUACUAUUACUACUACUAUUAUAUUAUUAUUAUUUUUUUGAUCUCUUGCGAGGGAAAGUUUCGUUUCGUGUGAAUGUUCAUUUAUUUUGUUUCUUUCUUCUUUUUUUUUUAUAUAUAUACAUAGAUAUUUUAAUAAUUUUAUAAUUUCUCAGCACAAACUCUGUUCAGUAUUGUGAUAAGGAUAUCCCCCCAAUUUAGAAAAAAAAAACAAUGGAUGAUGAUUAUGUGAAAGGAAGGGGGGACGGAAGAUAGGAUGGACAGAUAUAUUCAAUUUCAUAAUUAAUACUUUCCAGGUGUGUUUGGUAGCUGCUACUCUACUACGGCUUUAAUUAAUGCGCUACGGCUUAGGAACUGGAUUAACUAUCAGAUUGAAUAUAUUAGUGUAGGAAGAGAGUGUGUAGCUACAGAAAGAAAUAUAAGCAAAAGCAGGUGAUGAAUAUGAAGAAAUUCAGAGUGAUGAUGUUGAUGAUGAUGAGUCGAGACGAGAGAGCAGCCUGUAUUUUAGACAUUAGUUACUUUAUUGUGCCUGUUAUUGCAAUCAUAAAUGAAAAUUAUACCAAAUAUUUUCGCGGUGUAAUCAUCGAAUAAUAAGAAAUGGAAAGAGAUGUAAUAAGAGGAAAGACAGAGAGAGAGAGAAGGAAAGAAUUAGAUACUUAAUGAUUUUUCAUUUAUUUAUAGUUAUUAUAUU